AUGGCUAUCGUCUGUCGAUUCUUCAGGACUCAACUAGAAAAUGAAGCACAUCGGAGGAGAACAGAGAGAGACGUGAAUACUCCAGCUAAGAUCCCCUGUGAACUCUCACCCUGGGGUCAAUGGUCAUCCUGUCAGCCAUGCAAAGGCCUUCGGUAUCGAUCCAGGAAUAUCCUACGAUUCGGUCAGUUCGGGGGCAGAAUUUGCACAGACAUAUUAUCUGAUGAGGAAAGCUGUCCAGUCAGCGGUAACUGUGAGGAGCCAGUCAUCAACUGUGGAAGCAACUUCCAAUGUGACAGUGGACAUUGUAUCAACAGGAGGCUAAGGUGUAAUAAUGAUGAUGAUUGUGGUGACUACAGUGAUGAGGAUGACUGUGAGUCAUAUAGGUCUCCCUGUCAGAAAACCUUGGAACCUUUGGAAAUUGGAGACAUUGCAGGGUCAGGAGUGAAUUUCUUUGGAAUGGAGCCCAGAAGAAGUCCUUUCAAUAACAGAAUCUACAAUGGUCUGUGUAAUCGAGCCUAUGAUGGAAACAGAAGGACCUAUUUCCGAAUUCCCUGGAAUAUCAUAAGUUUCUACUAUCAGACUCGAGCUGAUCAAGCCUUAACAACUGAGGUAUAUGAAAGUUCAUCUGAAGUUGUCUCAAAGAUCAUGGAAGAUUCUACUACAAAUUUCAACAUUGGGUUCUCUCAGAGAACCAACACUCAGAAAGUAAAUCCCACGGCUCAUAUCGGAUUCAAUGUCAACAAAUCAAGAAACCUCGAGAUUCUGUUAAGUCUCAAUCAGUCACAGAAUAAUGAAUACUUCCGGGUAAAAGGUCAAAUACAGCUUGCAAAGUUCCAGGUGCGAAGAAAUCGUUAUGAACUUGAUGAAGAUUUUAUUAUUGAUCUAAAGAAUCUGCCCACAGAAUAUGACAAGGGGGUGUAUUUUAAAAUAUUGGAAGACUAUGGCACACAUUACGCCUCUUCUGGAACUCUGGGUGGUAGUUAUCAACUUGUAUACGUGUUGGACAAGUCCAACAGGGUUAAAGAACAUAUCACCCAUGAACAGGUGAAGGAAUGCCUGGGGUUUCAUGCCAGUUUCAACAUCGAGCAAAACAUCAUGAAAGGCGAGAAGUCAACCAGCCCUAAAGUCAGCAUGACUGCCGAUGCUGACAAAUGUAAGAAGGUCACGAAAGCAUAUUCAUCCCUGAAUCUGGAAAAUCACCUCAUCAAGGACGUGCUGUCGUUUGUCAAUGGUGGGGACACAGCCUUCCUCACCAGGCUCAACGUUCUCCUGUCGGAGAGAAAGGAGCCUCCCGGUGUCUCUGUCUACACUGACUGGGCCAGCUCACUCAUACACUCACCCGCCUUAGUGAGGCAGCAGUUGGUGCCAAUGUACAGUCUGGUUCCAGCCACAAUGAGGGAUGCCUCAGUGAUCAGACAGAACCUGCUUCGGGCCACCUCUGACUAUGAAGCGGAGUACAGCGUGUGUAAGUGUGCCCCAUGCAUGAACGGUGGCACGGUGCUACAACUGGAUGGACAGUGCCAGUGUUUGUGCAGCAACAAGUUCCAGGGUAUAGCCUGUGAAACAGUAAAACCGUUAUAUGGAGGGAAAGCAGGUUACACAGAUGGGCAAUGGAAUUGCUGGUCAGAUUGGUCCUCCUGCACCAACAGCCAACAAGUGCGUAGCCGGCAGUGCCUGGGCACACAAGGAGGGGGCACUGCAUGUCCGGGAGAGAACGAGAGCACCCGCUCCUGCUGAGGCCACUGAGUGAGUGGAGG